AUGGAGGGGGAGACUGCGGGGUUAGCUCAAAAUGGUGGAGCUGGGGAUAAUGGAGAACAGCUGGGAAUUUCUAUAGUUACCUUGGAAUUGGACUGUGCCCCCAUGUUCCCCUUGCCCAGCUUCUCCUGGGAGCCCUUGAAGCCAGUGCCAUCGCUCUGGAGGAUGAUAGAAGAGCAGCUUGCGCCCAGCGAGAGACUGGAAGUGAAGACUAUUUUGGGAAUUGAUUUCGUGGAGCACAGCUUGGAGCUUCAUAAUGAGGCAAAGACUCUCUUGGAAUUCUACCAAGAAUUGCAAUUGGACCAUUUUGAGCAAAGACCUGAUAACUGCAUCUUGCUGGCUGCUCCUCCCCAUCUGAAAGAGCUAGUAAGAGAGGAGAUUCGCCUGCUCCUGGUUGGCUUGCAGCAAAAGGCAUUGGAGGAGGGCAGGGACCACGACUGUGCCAUUGCUAAAUACAACACACAUGUGAUCAACUUUGCUUUCAAGACAAAUGCUGGAGGUAAUCGGCCGUCAUCCAGGAGCAACAAUCUCAUCAGGUCAUUGUCCUGUAACAGCACAAAUGAUUUGGAACCAUAUUCUGAUAAACUGAAUAUAACUCAGAUCGGCGAGAUAGCCUCUAGACUUAGGACUUUGCUAGAGGAUGAAUGCCAUGCUCUGGAAAGAUACAUUACACAUUUACAGAACCAACUAGAGGAAGUGCAUCAACAUGCCACUGAGCUGCAAGACAAAAUGCAUGAACCUACCAUGGCUGAACUACAGGAAGAGAAACGUGUCAUGGAGCGGGAUUUGCAAUUGAGCCUGCCCAAGUCAUGUCCUAGGCCUCCUUCCCCAAUGUCAAACCAGCUUGGGAAUAGCACCCAUUUGUCUCAACUCAGGUAUCCACUUCAGUGGAUAAAACCUUUUGUAUCACACAACUCUUUCUCUUUAUUUCACAGCCACCCAAGAGGCUUAGUGAAAGAGCCAGGAUUUGGACAGCUCAAUCCUGCUUCUAAUGAGAUUCCUUCUCCAGAUCCCAGGGAUCAGAUUACUCUACUCUGCUAUCGGCCAUCACCCCGAUGGAGCCAUUCAACAAGAACCCCUUUGGGAUGGUUGCAUCCAAAGAGUGAGGAUUCCAACCAAGGAAGGAAGGACAGUGACACUAAGCUGCCUACAACAUCAGGACAUCCAACUGCUUCAGUUGAUAGAUCGGCAUCAGCAUCAACUUGGGAACCUGCUUUUCUUCCCAUGCCUCCUACAGAACCUUGUCCUCCGUCUCGCUUUUGUCCCCGUGUUAGAUUGUUGCAGUGUAAAGGACCAAGCUAAGAAAAAUAGAACUUCCUCUUCCUCUUGACAUCUCCUCAUUUGCUUUGUGGCAACAGUGCCCACUGAAACUGUAUGCUGCUGUUUCCUAUGCUUGACAUGGGCUUACUGUUUUUGCUCAUUCUUAUGUUCAAAUUCAUGGAUUCCAAAGAAAGUAACAAGGCCAUGCUAAAUAACCCUUCUUCUGUACAGAUAAGUGUCCUGGGAAUGCAGCAGUGCCCCCUGGGAUCCUUCCUCCUCCUCCUCAUCUCCAUUACUCAGUACAAUAAUUCCAUGAUAACAUUAAAGAAAAGGCACAGCUUCUCAAAUUGUCCUUCCAAUCCCACAGAAAGAACUGUACAUCCUGGGUUCAGGAAUAUAAAUUUCAUUAAAAUCUAUGAGACUUUAACAAUCUACAACUGGGAGAGUCACAGUAUGGGAGACUCGUACAAUUAUUGCUAUGAACAAUGAGAGGUGGCAGUGGCAGUUGCCACACUCUACAGGAGAGGGAGGGACAGACAUGGAACCAUGCAUUAAAUAGUGCAUUUUCAGUACAGAGGAGGGAAAGGGUUGGAUGCUGGCAGCUUAAGG